AUGGCGAAUUUACGGUUCGCGGUGACCAUGCAAAGGCUGCUGCCUUUCUUGGGAUACCACCACAUUCUCAUGAUCCUUAUUGCCAUCGCGAUAAUCCUUCUCUCCCUUCUACUGGCUGGCUGCUCAAGUACCUCUCCUCUCAUUCCCGGCAUCUUCCUAAUCAGCAUGUACUACCAAUCGUACACGCCGACGUAUGAUCCAGCGCAAGUAGACCCGGGCGUCACCGCCGCCAUUUCCAACAUCGUUGGCCGCGCCGUCAUGGAAGUGCGUGUCGGCUACUUUGGAGUCUGCGUCAAUCCUAACGGUGGCUCGUUCCUGUGCUCCAACAACGCGACGGCACUUGCGGAGCAGAUCAACGUCGAUCAGGACCCGCUCAACAUUGUCUGGGUCGCCAGCACCUUCAAGGACAGCAUCAUUUUCCCGUACCUGCUGAUCGUCGCCGUCAUCCUCGCCUUCAUCACCUUCAUUCUCCUCGCCACCUUCCCGGGCUGGCACGAGGAAGAAACAGCCGAAGGCUCCGAAGUCGACGUCAAGCCCUUCCCCUCGCGUCCAGUCUCGCAGAUCGCACUCGCCUUGAUUUUUAUCUCGUCCAUCUUCGUUCUUGUGUCGGUGUUAUGGCAGCACACGGCGUCGGUAGCCGCGGCCACGAUAACGCAGGACCUGGGCAACGGCAGCAUCAAGAGCGGCGUCGGCACCGCGGCGAUGGUGCUCGGCUGGUUCGGCUUCGUGCUACUCAUAAUUGUUACGAUUGGCCUGUUGGUCAUGAUUCUCAGCAUCGUGAUGCUGGACAAACUCACGGACCGCGACUGA